AAAAAUUGUUGAAUUUUCAGGUGAAUGCUUCUUGGUACGUCUCGUGUUUGCAGGUGUAUCUGCCAUCGACGGCUUGCAAUACGAUUUGGCUCCUCUAAUGAUGCGCCUAAAACUGGUGAAACAAUGCCCAAAAGCCGUGAAACAGUAGCAGCAAACCCUAAGCUGCGACGUGGGCCGGAUGAAAGAGAUAUUACGACAAUGGAUCUAAUCGAAGAACGGAUCCGACAAAGAGCAGCUGUACGAGAAGCCACAUUUGGAGGGCAAAAGCAAUCAUGGAAUUAUAGAUCAGAAAUCGUUGGAAAAUUGGGACUGGAUAAGAAACACACAAAUAUAUGGAUAGCUUACAUUGUCAUAAUUCUAUUUGGAUUCAGUGCGUUUGUGUAUGUCAAAUCAAACGUUGUUCUAAGCCGAAAAGAAGAGAUGGAACAGCGAGAAAAACUACGUCGCGAACUGAAACUGGCUGGUGCGGAUCGUAAGAAAUUAGGUAUUGUCGAUGGUAGUUAGUCUUCCAGAAUAUUUGUUAUUUGAGAUUAGGUAGUUGUUUGA